GACAGGCGCCGGACCCCCAGGCGGAGCGACAGGUCUCGGGCCCUCAGGCGGAGCGGCGGGCGCCGGACCCCCAGGAGGAGCGACAGGUCUCGGGCCCUCAGGCGGAGCGGCGGGCGCCGGACCCCCAGGCGGAGCGACAGGUCUCGGGCCCUCAGGCAGAGCGGCGGGCGCCGGACCCCCAGGCGGAGCGGCGGGCACCGAGACACCAGGCACGACAGUGGGCUCCGAGUCAACUGGUAUGACCGCAGGCACUGGGUCAGACAUUGGAUGGUCUGGCUGGACAGCGGGCAUCGGGUCACCAGGCAUCAGGUCAUUUGGCUCGACAGCGGGCACCGCGUCAUCUGGCAAGGCAGUGGGCUCCGAGUCAACUGGUAUGACCGCGGGCACUGGGUCAGACAUUGGAUCGUCUGGCUGGACAGCGGGCAUCGGGUCACCAGGCAUCAGGUCAUUUGGCUCGACCGCGGGCACCGCGUCAUCUGGCAAGGCAGUGGGCUCCGAGUCAAC